AUGCCUUGCCCUCUUCUAUUCUGGACAGUUGGCUCCAUAAUGGCAGGGGGUGAAGGCCUAGUGCACAUCAGGGUCAUUCCUCUCCUGCUCUGGGUAGGAGCGUCUCUGUCCGUUUCUGGCCACUCCCAGGCCAGGCCUUCCCAGCACUUCAUCUCUCCGGAAGUGAUGAUCCCUUUGAAGGUGACUGGCAGAGGCAGAAGCGCAAGGGCUCCAGGCUGGCUCUCCUACAGUCUACGGCUUGGGGGCCAGAGACACAUUGUCCACAUGAGGGUCAAGAAGUUCUUGGUUUCCAAACACCUCCCAGUGUUCACCUAUACAGACCAGCGUGCCCUCCGUGAGGAUCAGCCUUUUGUCCCAGAUAACUGCUACUACCAUGGUUAUGUGGAAGGGGUGUUUGAGUCCCUGGUUGCUCUCAGUACCUGUUUUGGGGGCUUUCGAGGGGUGCUACAGAUAAAUGGCCUCACUUAUGAAAUUGAACCCAGGAGGCACUCUGCCACAUUUGAACACCUGGUGUACAAGAUAGACAGUAAUGAAACACAAUUCUCACCCAUGAGGUGUGGCUUAACAGAAGAGGAAAUAGCACGCCAAUUGGAGUUGCAAAAGACAUAUAAUUCCACACUGAAGCAAAGUUCUUAUCAUGGAUGGUGGACCCACCGGCAUUUUCUUGAACUGGUAGUGGUGGUGGACUAUAAUCGAUUUCUUCACUCACUUAGAAAUACCUCAGUGGUGCAGCAGGAAGUAUUUAUUGUUGUCCAUAUUGUGGAUUCCUUAUAUGGCCCUUUUGAUGUUGAUGUAAUUUUGAUUGGUAUUGAGAUCUGGAAUGAAGGAAACCCAUCUUUAUCAAAUGACAUAGAUCAGGUUGCGGAGGAAUUUUCCAUUUGGAAGAAAUUGCACCUCGAUGCACGACUGCCAAGUGAUACUACACAUCUUUUCAUAAAACAAUCAUUUGCUGACAAGCUUGGUAUUGCCUAUGUUAGAGGAAUAUGCGUUCCUCCUUUUAACUGUGGAGUUGAUAGUUUCCAAGGAAACCAGUUGUUUUCUUUUGCCCUUAUUGUGACCCACGAGCUUGGUCAUAAUUUGGGUAUGCUGCAUGACACUAAAUGGUGUGUGUGUGAACAAAAAUGGUGCAUAAUGUUUCCCAGUCAAAAGAUAACAACUAAAUUUAGCAAUUGUAGUUAUGCAGAAUAUUGGGACAACACUAUCAGGAAAGGAGUUUGUCUUCGCUCUCCUCCAAAUCCAGAGAAGAUCUUUAGGGUGAAGUUCUGUGGAAACCUAAUGGUUGAAGAAGGAGAGGAGUGUGACUGUGGAACCAUACAUCAGUGUGCUAAUGAUCCCUGUUGUCUUUCAAACUGCACUCUGAGUCCAGGGGCUGCUUGUGCUUUUGGGCUAUGCUGUAAAGAUUGCAAUUUUAUUCAUUCAGGUUAUUUGUGUAGACAACAGGUCAGUGAAUGUGAUCUUCCAGAGUGGUGCAGUGGAACUUUUCAUCAGUGCCCAGAAGAUGUUUAUGUGCAGAAUGGGAUACCCUGUAAUGACAGUGCCUACUGCUAUGAAAAGAGAUGCAAUAGCCAUGAUACACAGUGUAAAGAGAUUUUUGGCAAAGAUGCAAGAAGUGCAUCUCAGAGCUGUUACCAAAAAAUCAACACUCAAGGAAAUCGUUUUGGUCACUGUGGUAUUACAGACAUAGUAUAUCUAAAAUGUGAGACCCCUGAUAUCCUGUGUGGGAGAAUUCAGUGUGAAAAUGUGGGAGUAAUUCCCAAUCUGACACAACAUUCUACAGUGCAUCAGAUUCACUUCAAUGGCACCACUUGCUGGGGCACUGACUAUCAUUUAGGGAUGUCCAUACCUGAUAUUGGUCAAGUGAAGGAUGGCACAGUAUGUGGUUUGGAAAAGAUCUGCAUCCACAAUAAGUGUGUCCAUCUAUCUUAUCUGCCACAAGAUUGUCAGCCUGAGACCUGCAACAUGAGGGGGAUCUGUAACAAUAAACAGCACUGUCACUGUGACCAUGGGUGGGCACCUCCCUACUGCUUGAUGAAAGGCUACGGAGGUAGUGAUGAUAGCGGCCCACCUUACAAUGUCAUAGAAGAGGUGGGAGGUGUGGCUUAUCCAUCAUUAUGGUGGCUCAUUCCUUUGAUUAUUUUAUUUUUUUAUUUCAUCCUUGUGCUUUGUAAGACAGACAUAAAAGAAAAGGAAGAAAAAGAGGAAGAAAAGGAUGAAAAUAAAGAACAGGAAGAAGAAUAA